GAAUCCAUAUCAUGGAUGGUGGUGAGCUGUUUCCAUUUCUGCAUUCGACACCCGUUUUUCCCGAGUGGCCAUUUGCUGCCAAGGAUACCGUGGACCAUAUCGUUGCAGAAGAAGUCGGUGAUGCACUUAUGGCUUUAAAUAAACAUGCAACUAUUGGCCAACUGAUUGUCGAGUGUCAAGAAGCAGCAACAACACAAGCGGAAAGAAACAUUUGCGAUACUUCACCACCAGAGUAUUUCGACCCAAAUGCAAGAUGCGAUACCUCGAGAGAACUUGCCACUCUGGCAUACAAUGCAGGAUUGGCAGGGUUUCACGAUGGAUUCCAUUCGCCAAGGUCUCACUUCCAUGUCCGAACGAUGCAACAAGACGGUGGUUUCAUCAUUCAGGACGCUAAAGGGAACUCGCGCUGCGAACGCAACUCCAAAUACUACAAUGGUAUCACUUGUCCCGACGGAUACUACAAGGUCUCAGAAGAUAUUUUCGAUACACAGUGCCAAGCCAAAGGACUCUCUUGUCAGGAUGGAUACUCAUGCUACUGCCAACCAUGCAUCCAGGCGUUCGAUGUCAGCGUGUUUCCGUGGACUAGCGAAGAUGGGUCAUCUGAGUUCAGUCAAGAUUCUGGAUGCUAUAAAAUGAGUCUCUGCGGGGUCGUCCAACAACGAGGCACAGGGGUCUUCCGGGCCUUUGACAAUCUUCGACGUACGAAUGCAACGAUGGUAGUCAAAAGCCAUGUGGGCGGUUUGGAAAAAGACAUUCUGACACGUGAAGUCGAGCCCUUCCUUUAUGAAUUCGAGUUUUCUCAACCGAAUAGAGGUAUUAGCAUUCUGGAGAUCUUUGUCAACGGUGAGCAGAUUCCAGAAUCUCCUAUCCAGGUACAAGUUGUUGACCGUGAUUGUGACGCUGCAUACCCUGGCGAAAACAGGAUUCCAGAUGCUCAGGGCGAAUGUGUUUGCCCUUCAGGGACUAUCGAGAUCGAUGAAAUCUGUGCUUCCACUGAUGCGCAUGAAGUGAGCGUGUACCCCUGGGUGGUCGAUGGCGAGUAUCAACUCAUGAACAUCACUAUUCAAUCUGGCUGUGAAAAAAUGAGUCUCUGCGGAGCUAUACCCCAGACAAAAGGAAUUCGAUUCAAAGCACAAGACAACAGAAAGCGGGACAAUGCUACGGUCACUGCCCUGAUGCACAUUGGCCAAGAGGAAAGGUUUUUAUCUGUGGUCGAAACGGAUCCAUUCGUAUACGAGUUUGGUUUCAGUCACAAUGAAAGAGGAGUGGCCAUUUUGGAGAUCUUUGUCGAUGAAGUUCAAAUUCCGGAUUCUCCCAUUCGGGUAGAGAUCACAAACAGAGACUGCAACAAUGACUUCCCUGGACAGCGUAUGGUCCCGAGUACCAUUGGCGUCUGUGAGUGUUCAGAUAGCACUAUCAAGAUUGGAGAAGAGUGCGUACCACUCGGUACAUUUACGGCCAUCAUGGCAGCCAUUGGAGGCCUGAUUGGUUUCUUAAUAGUCUAUUGCUACCUCGGAUACCGACGAAGGAAGAGCGACGAAGUAUGGCACGUGAAUCCAGAAGAGUUGGACUUUAGCCAUCCUGUCGAAGUAAUUGGUCAGGGCGCAUUUGGUGUUGUCCUUGCUGCAGAAUAUCGAGGAACGCGAGUCGCCAUCAAGAGUGUGAUUCCUCGACAAGAUACUGUAAGGUCCCGAGCCGGCUCUAUGCCAAGCGUAGCGGGUAGUGUAGUUUCUGGAUCAAAUGUUUCUCAGGACGAUUCGAAAGAUGGGCCAAGCGAUGUGGAAGCCGGAGCAGACAGUCCAGCGACACAUCCCACCAGCGAUAGUCGAGAAUCGGCACUAAGUGACUCAAAUCUAUCAGACUUAUUGGAGCUGCCAAUUGUCAGCAAGAAAUCAAGAUUUUCAAAGUGGAUGCCAUUUCACGAUGCAAUAACUAGAUCAAAGCUUCACAUACUUGGGCAUGCAUCAGGGGCGUCCACCACCCCCAAGUCUCUGCGUUCGAAGUUGCUUUAUAGGUGUGAUGAGACAUAUCAACGACAACAAGAGUUUAAAGCGGAGAUGCGUUUGCUAUCUAGGCUCCGUCAUCCUUGUAUUACAACGGUGAUGGGUGCCGUCAUGGCCGGCGACUCCCCCAUGAUGGUAAUGGAAUGCAUGGAAAAUGGAUCGCUGUAUGAUCUCUUGCGAAACGAAACCCUCUAUACUGGAGGCGAGAUCAUCAUGCAAAUCGUCAGAGACGUUGCCCAAGGUCUUCGGUUCCUGCAUGCAUCCAAGCCUCCAAUUUUGCACCGUGAUUUGAAGGCAAAGAAUAUCCUCAUCGACUCUCGGUUCCGUGCUAAGGUUGCAGACUUUGGCUUGUCCACGAAGAAUAAAAAAAGUCUCUCCGGUACACCGUUUUGGAUGGCUCCGGAAUACAUUCUAGGCAAGACAGAAUACACACCUUCAUGUGAUAUCUACGCCUUUGGUAUGAUCAUCUACGAGAUCUACAGUCGUAAGAUCCCAUACGAAGGUCAAAACCCAAGAAAGGUUUUACGCAAGGUCUGCGAUCCUCGAAUUAACUACCGACCGCAAGUCCCAGAUACAUGCCCCAAACGGAUGACAGAGAUCAUGAAGAAAUGUUGGAGCAACAACAGUCGAGUUCGUCCAGAUUCGAAAGAUCUCGAUAUGAUCUUUGCUGAUAUGGGAUCACACGAGGCGGAGCCGUUGAUCGAUCAAGAAAAUACUCGUUUGCGAACAGAAGUAGCUGCCGGUGAUAUGUUGUAUCAGGUGUUCCCGAAGAAGGUCGCUGAUCAGCUCAAGCUUGGCCAGAAAGUUGAACCGGAGACCCACAACAAUGUGACAGUCUUCUUCAGCGACAUUGUCCGGUUCACCGACAUUUCGCGGACUCUUUCGGCAGUCAAAGUUUGCGAAAUGUUGGAUCGUUUGUAUCUUGCAUUUGAUGCUUUGGCGAACAAGCAUGAAGUAUUCAAAGUGGAGACCAUUGGUGAUGCUU